AGCUCAGGCUCACCUCCCUCAACUCAACUGCCGUUCGUCGCUGGUGGCUGUCCGCGGUGUCCGAGAAUAGGACGUGGCUCCAGGGUGGUCCAGACCCUGGAAGGGCCCCUCUUCAAAGGGCCCCAUGUUUCCAGAGUGUUCCAGAAGCAUGUGGCGGCAGGCCCGCAUGGCUCAGGAGAGCAGGUGCUGGGAGACCUGGGUGAGGACAGGCGGGCCCAGGCUUAGCCGGUGGCCCCGAGGGGCGCCCUUGCCCACUGUGAUGUUAGCAGUGCCCAGGUCUCUCCUGUAGCACCCUGAGUGCAGUCACUAAGGCAUUCAGUCAGCGUGGGUGAAAUGGAGGCAGGACAUGGACCCCUGAAAUCCUGUCAUUGCCACAGGGACUGCCCAGAGCAGCUGCAAGUGGGGCCAGCAGGAAUGAGGAGGAGGUGGCCUGGGUAUGGGGGACUUUGUGCAUCCUGAUUUGGAACCCAGGGGAGUAGCAGGUUUGGGGCUAUGAUGAGGAGAGACCUAGGGGUCGCUUGAUGGAGACAAAAGGGACAGAAAGAGGCAGGAGCUUCAGGCACCACUGGAUGCCCCCUCUAGCCUGAGGGACUGAGACUUAGUCCAGGGGCACUAGGGAGCCAUGGGAGGGUUGGGAGCAGAGGUGAGGCAGAAUCAAACUCCAGUGAGAGGCCAGCUGGCCAAAUCCAGGCUGAUGUGGCAAGAACAGCAGCUGUCCAGGGCCAUGUGGGUGCCAGACACAGCCCCCCGCUUCCCAGAAGAGGCCACGCAGAGCCGAGGCAGGAUGAAGGAUCCAAGGAGGGCAUCUUAGGCAGAGACCUGGGCAUGGGAGCGGACCACAGCUCAGAGUGGCUGGAGCAUCACAUGCAAUUUGGGGUGCUGAGGAGUGCUCAGGCAGCUGGUCCUUUACCCAUCCCUCCCCCUGAAGGAGGGAGGCUGGUAGCUUUCUCAGCAGCUGCGCAGCAGUGAGGGUGGCUCAUGGACCUGCCCGAGAGCCCGGUGGGCAGCCCUACUGCAGAAAUGUACCUCUGGGAGCAGCCUGAGGAGGCAAGUCUGGGAACGCCGCUCAGCUUGGAGGAGCAAGUACUCAACUCCACAUUCGAAGCCUGUGAUCCCCACAGGACAGGCACUGUGGCUGUGGCCCAGGUACUGGCCUACCUGGAGGCCGUGACAGGCCAGGGACCCCAGGAUGCACGCCUCCAAACAUUGGCUAACAGCCUGGACCCCAAUGGGGAGGGCCCUAAGGCCACCGUGGACUUGGACACUUUUCUGGUUGUCAUGCGUGACUGGAUUGCUGCCUGUCAGCUGCAUGGGGGAUUAGAGCUAGAAGAGGAGACCGCCUUCGAGGGAGCCCUGACCUCCCAGCAACUGCCAUCUGGAUGCCCAGAAGCUGAGGAGCCAGCCAACUUGGAGAGCUUUGGAGGCGAAGACCCCAGACCUGAGCUGCCAGCCACCGCUGACCUGCUGAGCAGCCUGGAGGACCUGGAGCUCAGCAACCGCCGUCUGGCUGGGGAGAAUGCCAAACUCCAGCGGAGCGUGGAGACGGCUGAGGAGGGGUCAGCACACCUUGGGGAGGAGAUCUUGGCCCUGCGCAAGAAGCUUCGCAGCACCCAGCAAGCCCUGCAGUUUGCCAAGGCCAUGGAUGAGGAGCUGGAGGACCUGAAGACUCUGGCCAAGAGCCUGGAGGAGCAGAAUCGCAGCCUUCUGGCCCAAACCCGGCAGGCGGAAAAAGAGCAGCAGCAUCUGGUGGCUGAGAUGGAGACUCUACAGGAGGAGAACAGGAAGCUGCUUGCCGAGCGAGAUGGAGUGAAGAGGAGAAGUCAGGAGCUGGCCGUGGAGAAGGACACUUUGAAGCGGCAGCUCUAUGAAAGUGAACACCUCAUUUGCCAACGAGACACCAUCCUCUCUGAGCGUACGCGCCAUGUGGAGAGCCUGGCCCAGACCUUGGAAGAAUACAGAGUGACAACACAGGAACUGAGGCUGGAGAUCUCACGCCUGGAGGAGCAACUGAGUCAGACCCACGAGGGGCCAGAUGAGCUACCUGAAGGGGCCCAGGUGACAACAAUGGGCUGGACCAAGCUGCUGCCCCCAUCGCUGGGCUUGGAGAUCGAGGCCGUUCAGCAGAAACAGGACGUGGCAACUGCUGAUCUCUCCAGCCCUCUGUGUGGAGUGUGGCAAUGGGAAGAAGUCAUCAAUGAAACCAGUGAGGAAGCUGAGUUUCUAUCUGAAGCCCCAGCUGGGGGACAGAGAAACUUCCAGGGAGAGCCAGCACACCCUGGAGAAGGAAGGAAGGAGCCGUCCAUGUGGUUAACCAGAAGAGAGGAAGAGGAGGCUGCAGAGAGCCAGGUCACGGCUGAUCUCCCCAUCCUGCUAAGAGACUCUCACUCUGGAGACAUCGCAGAAAGCCCUCCAAGGAGCCCUGCCCAGCAGGAUCUCCGGCAAGCCCUGGUCCCUGUGAUGAAGGAGCUGGUCCCAGUCAGGAGGAGACCCUGGGGCCAGCUCUUCCUGCCCCCACAGCAACUCAGGGUCACUCGGUAUCCGCUGAUCCCAGCUCCAGUCCUGGGCCUGCUGCUGCUGCUGCUCUCUGUCCUGCUGCUGGGCCAGUCCCAACCUCCCACCUUGCCCCACCUCCAGCUCUGCUACCUCCAGCCCCCUCCAGUGUGAGAGGCUC